GGCGCCAAAAACACUUUGGCGCCACAUUUGUUCCUUUUUAUGUUAAGCAAUCCCCAGGUCUCCCUCCUCCCCUCUGUAUCACAUGGCACCUCACUCUCUCCCUUAGCACAGAUCUCACUUUACGAGCUAACCCAAACUCUCUCCCUUUCUCGAUUCUUCAUUUUCAAUCUCAGGGCUUGCAUUCUGGGCUCUGCUAUAACAGUGAGGAAAGUACAAGUUCAAGUUUCGCCAAAUGGAGUUAAGGAGUUGCAGUCAUUUGCAUUUUAUCCAGACUGUUGAAGGCGGUAAAAUGAUGAAUGUGUUCCGUGGAAAGCCUGCACUGAAGUUCAAGGAGCUCAAAGAUAUAUAUGAAACUGGAGAGGCUGGAAAUCAUCAUUUGCUCCCAGCGGCUAGACCAAAACUUGAGCUCGAGGACUGGUCAAUUGACAGUGACAGGGCGGAGACUGAAAGUCUACAUGUGCUUGCAGGAGCAACAAUAAAAAUUGAGAGCGAAUCUCCGGAGUCAAACUGCAGCAGUGUUGUCGAUGGAGGAAAAACUGAAUCAGACGAUGUUAACUUUGGUACUAUGACGCUGAAGCAAUUUAAGGAGAGAUACAAAUCAAAGAAAAGGAAACUUUCACGAAAUGCUGGUUUGAUUGGACAAACCAGUGAAACUUGCUCCCCUGCUAAACAAGAACCUCAUGACUCACAAUUUGAAUUGGAAGAACUCGAGGCUAUGGAGCCCCUUAGUAGUUGGAAAUCCAGAAUUUUAAAGAGUAGGAAGAAGAAAAGAAUGUGCAGAUUAGAAAGCAGCUUUUCCAGUUCAUCUGAAAGUGCGCCAUGUAUAGUGAAAUCUAAGAGAGAGAAAAGUGACCAGGUCAUUUUUCAAUCUAGUGGGAUUUUACCUGCACCUAUUGAUGUUAAAGUUGAGGUUAUGGAGCCUAUUUCCUUUGAUUGCCGAUAUGUGACUUUAAUAAAUUCCUCGGGUGGUUGUGGUGAGCCAUUGGCUUCUAGUCUUGUGGUAUCUAGUGGAGAGCCUGAGAUAGCUGAUGGUUGUGUUUUGGAGACUGGAACGUUAAUUGUAUCCGUUGAAGAGCCUGAGACAGCCAAUGAUGGCGGUCCUCCAAUGCCAGUGUUUUCUAGUGAUGAGCCUCAAUGCUGUGUUGUUAAUGAUCAAUCCUAUGAAGGCAGGGGUCAUGUUAAUCCUGAAUCAAUUCUUGAUGUUAAUGCUUCUUGUGGGGAGAUAUUGACGGUGGAUAUAGUUGAACCAAUCAGUGCCCUGUCUUCAGAUUUGUCCCUGUCAGAAAUAAAGGAAGAAGAUUCUGUUGUAGAUUCACACCCCAGUGUUGACCCCGCUGGAGUAGUCUCACCAAUUAAGGGUGAUAGCUCCAUUGCAUACAAUGACUCCCAAAGUGAAGAGCCUGAGAGAGUUGAGGAUCAUGGUUUUGAGACUCACAAGUCAACUUUCUUCAGUAAUGAGCUCCAAUGCUGUGCUGUUAAUGAAGAAUCCUAUGAACCUGUGGAGCAUGCUGAUCCUAAAUCAAUGCCAGAUGUAAGAGCCUCUGGUGGGGAGAUAAGAAUGGUGGAUGUUGCAGAACUAACUACUGAUCAUAAGCCUGAGAGAGUUGAGGAUCAUGGUUUGGAGACUCACAAGUCAACUUUCUUCAGUAAUGACCUCCAAUGCUGUGUUGUUAACGAAGAAUCCUAUGAACCUGUGGAGCAUGCCGUUCUUAAAUCAAUGCCUGAUAUAAGAGCCUCUGGUGAGGAGAUAAUAAUGGUGGAUGUUGCAGAACUAACUACUGAUCAUAAGCCUGGGAGAGUUGAGGAUCAUGGUUUUGAGACUCACAAGUCAACUUUCUUCAGUAAUGACCUCCAAUGCUGUGUUGUUAACGAAGAAUCCUAUGAACCUGUGGAGCAUGCCGUUCUUAAAUCAAUGCCUGAUAUAAGAGCCUCUGGUAGGGAGAUAAUAAUGGUGGAUGUUGCAGAACUAACUACUGAUCAUAAUUCAUGUUUGUCUUCAGCAGAGCUAAAGAAAGAAUCUUCUGCUGCAUAUCCACAUCCCCAACAUUGUGGGGAUGACUCCAUUGAGGUCGCUUCCCCAAGCAAGGAUCAUGCAUCUGAUAUGGGCAAUGACUCUCAAAAUCUUCAUGGCAUGCACGAGUUGUCAGAGUCUAAAAGUUACAGUCAAGUUCCUGACACCUCCAUGGUUAAUAUCUCUCAUUUUACCGAACUCAGCAACAGACAUGGUUUACAUCUCUCUGAAGAUGAAGCAAAAGACGAUAGGCCUCAUGUUGAAGCCAGCGUGAUAAGCAGCCCUGUCAGUGGCUUUAUCUCAUUCAGGGAUUCAAAUUUAUGCUCAGGUCAAGAUGGCUGCUUAGCAUCUGCUGCAGCUAAAGAAAAGAAGGCCCCACUAUCUGCCUGUGCCGAUGCAGCAAGAAAGUUCUCUGCAGUAACCUGUGUUGAUGAACCUGUAACAUUGGCAAAUGUUCAGGGACGCCAUCACUCAAAGCUACAACAUCUUCCUGAAAAGCUCCUUUCGACCCGGAAGGCAAUUUCUCCAACAUCUCAAAAAAAACUGUGCAAGGCUAUGGAGGCCAGUGACUUAGACGAUGAAGAAUAUUACAAGUAUACAAGGAAAUUAUGCUACAGGAAUUUGAAUGGGAAUAAGAUUGGUAGGCUUGGAAGAGCCAAUCAAAACCAGAGAGUUGAUCUCACUAUUAGUCCUGAGCGGAUCACCAGGAAACCAAAGAAUGAUAAAAAUGGUUUCCAUCAUAAAGGCAUUCUCAAGGUUCCUCAACCUUCUGGAACUGUACCACGUUUUGGCACAGGGUGCAGCUCUGUCCAAAGCUGUUCAGAGAGUGCCAUUUCAUUUUCACAGAAGCAAAUGCGUGAUAUUGAAUCUAUUGCAACUAAACUUACAAAAGAGUUGAACUCCAUGAAGGAUGUUGUUCAAGAAUCAUGGCACUCCAAGGUCUAUCCAGCUACGCCCUUGAAAUAUAGUGCAGAUGAGGUGAAAAUUGCUGUUCAAAAUGCAACAAGAGUGGAAGAAAGUGCAAGAAGAUGGCUUUCCAUCAUGGCAAGGGAUUGUAACCGUUUUUGUAAAAUCAUGAAAUUGACUGACAAACCUUCUGCGACUUCUGGAAAUGUGGUCCACAAGGAGAAGAGGAAGAUAGUUUUUGCUGAUGAGGCCGGCGGAAAGCUUUGUGAUGUCAAGACUUUUGAGAAUGACACUGCUUCUGUCACAGGGUCUAGCAGUGACAAAUAGGUAAACUUCGAUUAAAUAAAGGAUGAAGCUUUUGUCCAGUGUACAUUUAGUUCAUCCCAUUUUCGUUUCACUUCUGGAGAGGGAUGCUUUUGGAUAUUUGAGUGCUUAUCUGAUGCUUUCUAGAAAAAGGCAAAAUGGGAUAUAUGGAGUAUGAUGAGGCACGUCUUAAUCCAAGGGUAAGUUGUGCCCUGAGUUUAGGAGAGAAGCUAGCGUAAGAAAGUUGUUGUAUUCAGCUGGAAAGCAGAAUGGUGCUGACUCCAAUUACUGAUAGCUAGAGAAUAGGAAAGUGUGUGCUUAUACUUUUCUUGCCUCGUUACUUGAAAUUGAGGCAUUUUGUUCAAUCUUGUGUUCUUGUCCCCAGCCCAAGAACAAAUGUAUAAUUGUGGUUGGCUGGCAUUUCCGAUGAUGUUAGUUAGCGUUACAUCAACAAGAGGAAAAUCACAUCUUUGCACUGCAUUUUGUGGAGUUUGUCUAAAGAAAAUCCCAGUUUUCCGGCCUGCA